AUGGCGCGGGCUGUCCGGACUCGUGCGAUUUUUUUUUUGGCCGCCGUGGUCUGUAGUUUUCUGCAGCUGUCGCCUCAACUGUCCUAUGGCCCGGAUGGCCCUGCGAGCGAUCAAAGCCGACAGAGACAUGCAGCAGUUGCUAUGCAAGCGCGCCAAGAUGCCUUUGGCCUAAGCGACGAGUGGAUAGAUAUUCAAGGCACCAAGGCCAAAUUUGGUGCCAGGACACCUUUUCAGGUGUCGCUGGCAGGAGCUCCUGAUCUGGCCAGGUCCUGGUUGUAUGGUGACGAUGCCACAGACAACAGCGUGGAUCGCCUGGUGAAAGCGGGGAAACCGGCCUUUUCCAAGAUCGAGCGGGCCAAGGAGAUUUUCCCAAGUUCUGAGUUGGAACAACCAAACUCGGCCAAACAAGUCUACAAAUUCUCCUUGCCCGCGCUGGAUCUGAUGGGGCUUGGAAGAGCAACGUCAUCAAUCAAUUUGUUCGGGGCCAUUCGAGACGCAGGAUCCGAAAAGCUUCUGGAGAUUGGAACCUUUGGAGAUCCAAGGGCCAACAUCCGAUUUGCCACCGGUAUGGAUAUUGAUCUCCCGGUCUUCUCGUUGAAUGUCACCGGUGAGUUGAGGAUAGUCAAUGAUGAGAUCUCACAAAAACGGUCUUCUGCGACGGGCUGGGUCUCCAUUCAGGUACAGGGUGAGGUGCCCAACAUCGCUGGCAUCACGUUACCAGAAGAGGUGUUGCGAGCAGCGGCAAGAGAAGCCUGUCGACAGACCUGUGCUUAUGCAUCCAGAAAACUAGAAGUGGUCAGAGCCUGA